AUGCACCUAUUAUGGCCAUCAGGAGUGAAGUACAAAGAAGUAUUACUUUUUGUUUCUGACGCCACGCCAAAUAUGGUUAAAUCAGCGAAUUCCUUGACUAUGUUAUACCCUAAUUUAAUUAAUUUAACAUGUUUGGCACAUGGGAUUCAUAGAAUUAGCGAAUGUUUACGAAAUGAAUAUUCUACUGUUGAUAAAUUAAUAGCGACAAUUAAAAAAGUAUUUUUGAAAGCUCCCAGCCGAAUUAUCAAACUACGUGAACUAUUCCCAAAUUUACCUUUACCACCUCAACCAAUUAUCACUAGAUGGGGUACAUGGUUAAAUGCAGUAGAACACUAUUCAAAUAAUUUUGAUUCAAUAAAACACACUGUAAUAUCACAUUUAGACGACGAAGCAGAAUCAAUUAAAAAAUCAAAAGAAUUGUUUGAAGACAAACAUUUACAAAAUGAUUUAGCUUAUUUAAAAAGUAAUUUUUGUUUUCUGAUCCAAGCUAUUACUAAUCUAGAAAAAAGUACACUAUCUCUUGACGAAAGUUUAAACAUUAUUUUAAAUGUGAAAGAUAAAUUGAAUAAAUGUAACGGGAGAGCAGCAGAAUUGUAA